AUAUGAACUUUGAGGAUUCGAUUUUUCAUCUUAUAAUUUCUUCGCGUAUUUCGCCUUCUCCUUUAUUUAUUUUUCAUUAAUUAAACUUAAAAAUAAUUUAUUAAAAGCCACCUUCUAUAUACCAUGAACAAUGCCGCUAUUCAUUCUGCUCCAUUUACAACACAAUGUGACCUCUCUGUAACCCUUUCUCUCUCCUCCCAUUUUCUCUCUCUCUUCCUCUCCAUCUCCAUGACCAUCAUCAUUAUUACUAUUUUUAUCUUGGGAAACAAAACUCAACCAAACCCCAAUAGUAUAUUUUCAUUUUCUUGAAGCAUCAACAACAAAGUUUUGAAAACAAAAAAAAUAAAAAAAAUAAAAAAAUUAGGUGUUGAAAUUGAUCUAAGUUAUUCUUCAAGCUAAAACGAACUCCCAACAAACCUUAUAGUCUUUCUAAUCUUCAUCAUCAUCAUCAUCAUCAUCGUCGUCGUUGUCGUAAUCGAUAGAUAUAUUUCACCUUCUUUUCGAAGGGUUUUAAAAAAUGAUAGAGCCAAAAAAUACAAGCAGAAAGAGAGGUUUCUAUGUAAAAAUGAGGCUAUUACAUAACAACAACAACAACACCAGAAAAACUUCUUUUUGUUACAAAUAUUUCAAAUGGGUUCUUUGGUUUUCGCUUUCGUUCUAUUUCUUCGCUAUGUUCCUCUUUAAUCACAAGCCUAAUAAUACUAACAAUACGCCCUCUUUGUCUCCCUUCAUUUCUAAAACUACCGUUCCGCAAUAUUCCAAAGCCUCUCGUGCUCUUAUCGAGCACCCUCAGAGAGAGCAUCACCAUUCAGUAGAUUCGUUGAAUGGGUUGAAGAUAUAUGUUUACGAGCUGCCAACGAGGUACAAUACAGAUUGGUUAACGAACGAGAGAUGCAGUAAUCAUCUAUUUGCAUCUGAAGUAGCAAUACAUAAAGCUCUAAUCAACAGUGAUGUUCGUACAUUUGAUCCAUUUGAAGCUGAUUUCUUCUUCGUUCCAGUUUACGUGUCUUGUAAUUUCAGUGCUGUCAAUGGUUUCCCUGCUAUUGGUCAUGCUCGUUCGUUAAUUUCAUCAGCUAUUCAGCUAAUUUCAUCGGAGUUUACUUUCUGGAAUCGGAGCUCUGGCUCUGACCAUGUCUUCGUUGCGUCGCAUGACUUUGGGUCUUGUUUUCAUACAUUGGAAGAUGUGGCUAUGGCGGAUGGGAUACCGGAGAAUUUGAGGAACUCGAUAAUAUUGCAAACGUUCGGAGUUAAAUAUGAUCAUCCAUGUCAAAGGGCGGAGCAUGUAGUAAUUCCGCCGUAUGUUUCGCCGGAAAGUGUACGGAAAACGCUGGCUACCGCGGAUGUUAACGGCAAACGUGAUAUUUUCGCCUUUUUUAGGGGUAAAAUGGAAAUUCACCCUAAAAAUGUCAGCGGGCGUUAUUACAGCAAGAAAGUACGUACUGUUAUAUUACAAAAGUAUGGUAAUGAUCGUAGAUUCUACCUGAAACGUCACCGUUUUAGCGGUUACCAAUCGGAGAUUUUACGUUCGACAUUUUGUUUAUGUCCAUUGGGGUGGGCCCCAUGGAGUCCACGACUCGUAGAGUCAGUCGUAUUAGGAUGCGUACCGGUGAUCAUCGCCGAUGGCAUCGACCUCCCGUUUUCCUCCGCCGUGCCAUGGUCGGAAAUCUCCAUCACGGUGGCUCAGAAAGACGUUGGUAAACUAGGCUCGAUUCUCGAGAAUGUGGUUGCGACUAACUUGAGCAGUAUACAAAAGAAGUUGUGGGACCCAAGAAUUACAAGGGCCCUACUUUUUCAUGAUCGAACGAUUGAGGGGGACGCCACGUGGCAUGUUUUACAUGCUUUGACGAAGAAAUUGAGUAGGUCUCACCGUAGGUUGAGACUUUCCGACGAAUGAAACUGUGACACGUGUUAUGGUUCCAUUGGAUGGAAUCUAUUGAUAAAUUUGUAGAUGCGGGAGACAGCUAUGAAUGUGGGGUCCAUUAAUGGAUGCUGAGUUGGCAUGAUGUGAUUGGUCGAGGAUUCGGCUUGGGGUGGACAGAAGCUUAUGUUGUACAUGUGAAAAGGAAUAUUAAUUUUUUAAUUGGUUUGUAAUGGUGGAAAUAUGAAGAGACAGGAUUCUAUAUGCUUUGUUGUAUAAUUCCUUUUUUUUUUUUUUUUUUUUCUUUUUUAUAUUCAUUGUACAAAAAAGAAUGAAAGUUGAAAAGAAAAAAAAUUAUAAUAUUCAUGUUCAAAUCCAA